GGCAUUUAACGGCUCGAAGUGAUGUUUAUGGGUUUGGGGUAGUGUUACUUGAGUUGCUUCUUGGAAGGAGAGCAUUGGACAAGAGCAGGCCUAGCCGAGAACACAACCUUGUUGAGUGGGCCCGCCCUCUCUUGAACCACAAUAAGAAGGUUCUGAGAAUCUUAGAUCUCAGACUGGAAGGGCAGUACCCAUCCAGAGUUGCAAUGAAAGUAGCGAAUUUGGCAUACCAAUGCCUUAGCCAAAAUCCGAAAGGGAGACCCCUCAUGAACCAGGUGGUUGAAUUACUUGAGAGUGUCCAGUCAAAGGAUGAAGAUGCCAUGUUUGAAACUAGUGGGAGAGGUGUAACCCUUUAUGAAGAGCCAAGGCGCACUCCAUACACUCAAGAGAAGGAAAGAAACCGAACUAGAAGUCAUGAUCAUAGAGAAGGGGAACCUUCUCCUCACACUCCGGAUAAGGAAAGAAACCGAACUAGAAGUCAUGAUCAUAGAGAAGGGGAACCUUCUCCUUACACUUCUGAGAAGGUAAGAAACCGAGCUAGAAGUCAUGAUCAUACAGAAGGGGAAACUCCUCCCCUCACUCCUUCAGAGAAAGAAAGAAACCCAACUAGAAGUCAUGAUCAUAGAGAAGGGGAGCCUCCAAGGAGUAGCAAACCUGAAAAUGUAAGGAGCAGAAGUGAGCCCCCAACUGAUAGUGAUCUGUACAGCCCUCCUUCUCGUGUUGGAAUUUCGAAUCCAAUGACAGGAAAGCAUCUGCAUUGA